AUGGCCUGCCGCUCCUGCGUCGUUGGCUUCGACAGCCUCAGCGACUGUGAGGUGACCCCGGCAGGCAGCCCCCGGCCUGGGACCUCGGGAUGGGGCCGCUGUGGGGCCCCGGGGCCGAGCUUCAGCUCCCGCAGCCUCACGGGCUGCUGGCCCACGGGCACCAUUCCCAAGGUGACCGUGAACCCCAGCCUGCUGGUGCCCCUGGACCUCAAGGUGGACCCAGCCCUGCAACAGCAGAAGACCCAGGAGAAAGAGGAGAUGAAGGUGCUCAAUGACAAAUUCGCCUCCCUGAUUGGCAAGGUGCAAGCCCUGGAGCAGCGUAACCAGCUGCUGGAGACCCGCUGGAGCUUCCUACAGGGCCAGGACCCCACCACCUUCGACCUGGGGCACCACUACGAGGAGUACCAGGGCCGGCUGCAGGAGGAGCUGCGCGCCGUGAGCCAGGAGCGGGCACAGCUCGAGGCCAACCUGCUGCAGGUGCUACAGAAGGUGGAGGAGUUUCGAAUCAGGUACGAAGAUGAGAUCUCCAAGCGCACAGACCUGGAGUUUACCUUCGUCCAGCUGAAGAAGGACCUGGAUGCAGAGUGUCUCCGACGGACCGAACUGGAAACCAAGUUAAAGGGCCUGCAGGGCUUCCUGGAGCUGAUGAAGACCAUCUACGAGCAGGAGCUGAAGGACCUGGCAGCCCAAGUGAAGGAUGUGUCGGUGACCUUGGGCGUGGACAGCCGCUGCCCCAUCGACCUGAGCGGCAUCGUGGAGGAGGUGAAAGCUCAAUACGAUGCCAUCGCGGCCCGCAGCCUGGAGGAGGCCGAGGCAUACUCCCGGAACCAGCUGGAGGAGCGGGCGGCCCGCUCAGCUGAGUUCGGGAGCAGCCUGCAGAGCAGCCGCUGUGAGAUCGCCGCCCUCAACGUGCGCAUCCAGAAACUGCGCUCCCAGAUCCUCUCCGCCAAGAGCCACUGCCUGAAACUGGAGGAGAGCAUCCAGACAGCCGAGGAGCACGGCGAGCUGGCCCUUCAAGACGCCAAGGGCAAGCUGGCCGAGCUGGAGGCCGCCCUGCAGCGGGCCAAGCAGGACAUGGCGCGGCAGCUACGCGAGUACCAGGAGCUCAUGAACGUGAAGCUGGCCCUGGACAUCGAGAUCGCCACCUACAGGAAGCUGGUGGAGGGCGAGGAGAGCAGGAUGGACUUGCCCUCGGCCGCCGUGAUCAGCGCAGUGCAGUCCCGAUCCAGAGUCGCGGCCUCCAAAUCCCGCCUCUCCGCGGGCCCCUCCCGGAAGAAGAAGAAGAGCAGAGGCCACGUGAUCCAAAUCACAGAGACAUCAGAGAAGUACCUCUCGCAGGAGUCCGAGGUCUCCGAGUAGGGCGCUGGAGCCCCGGAGCCCUGGGGUCCCCCCACCCGCCGCUGCAGCAGGAGGGACUCCAGCUAGACUCCAGAGAGCAGCUAGGAGGGG